UUUGUUUUUUUUAAACGCCUUCUUGCUGCAUCAUUACGAGCGAACAGUCGCCCCAGCUCAUAAAAACCUGCGCACACACACACACUCUGGCACUCGCUGUCGAGAAGGAUCAACUCACAGCAGCUUCUCCCGUGGCACCUGGUACAGACUUGCGUGAGAAGGAGGGAGGUCUGGUCUAAGAUCACCUGGAGCAGGUGGAGGAGAACCUGUCACGGCUACCGUCUGACUCCCUUUGUAGGGAACCUGACCCGCCUGAUGUCAAACGAGGAGUGCCGUUCACCCAUCGGCCUGGACUGCUGCAGCUGCUGUCUGGAUCUGGCCAAUGGCUGCGAGCCUGAGCCGGGCCAAGCGAGCCUGGGCAGUCCUACAUCAAUCAACCACUUCAAGCAGCUCCGGGACCAGCUUCACUUUCAGAACCUAAACACAGAUAAGCUCAACAACAUCAUGAGACAGGACUCACUGGAGUCGGUGGUCCGGGACCCCUGUUACCUACUCAACGAGGGCAUCUGCAACAGCAACAUCGACCAAACCAUGCUGUCCAUUUUGUUGUUCUUCCACAGUGCCUCUGGCGCAAGCGUUGUGGCAAUUGACAACAAGAUCGAACAAGCGAUGGAUCUUGUAAAGAAUCACUUAAUGUAUGCAGUCAGAGAAGAAGUGGAGAUCUUGAAGGAGCAGAUCAAGGAGCUAGCGGAGAAAAACAACCAGUUGGAGCGUGAGAACAGCCUGCUGAAGAACCUGGCGAGCCCAGAGCAGCUGGAGAAGUUUCAGUCCCGUCUGCCCUCAGACUCCAGCCUCCCCCUAGAGCCUCUGGAGCUGGGCUCCCCCGAGAACGGCGAGCACCAGUACAUCAGCACGGGGUCUGCUGUAUAAGUGGCUCUGCCAUGGGGCGGGCAGAGCCACAGCUCUCACCUGAAAUGGACCUCCAGAUAUGCAACUUCAAGUUGAAGCUGGCUGUACAGAUGAAACCUGACCUGAAAUGAAAGCAUUACGACGUACCAGUGGCCAAGUUCUGUAUUAUCCGACAAUCUCUUCGGACUAACAUGGAAAAGAGAGAGUGAUGUAGACGUCUGAGGUUACUGUACAACGGGACUGACGUGCCCCUUGCUUGGAAGGGGGCCCAGCCUUGCUUUCCUUUGGUCCCUCUCACGAAGAGACGGAGAGGGGUUUGCCUGAUGGAGCUGGCCAAGAGCGCAUCUUCGGUCAAGCCAAGGAAACGUACUACGUCACUACGAUAUGCCCCCACAGUCUCACGAGAGCCCCACCUGACGCAAGCUGCACGGGACUCUUGUUCCCUGAUCCCUAGUGCUGUGGACAUUCUUAGCUCCGUUAGUUCAGGAUGCUUGAGACAGACCUGUACGGAGCACCGGUCCUCUAGUCCACAGCGGUGACUCCUGCCAUAUGAUUUGUAUAGCAUCGCUUGUAUCUCUGCAGAUGGGGCCUGCUGCUUAGGGGGAUUGUUGCUUGUUUGUGUUUUGAAACGGAACAAAAUGAACUUGUUUAUGUGGGCUGUGUGUAAAAAAUGAUUGCUCUUUUUGUGGGAAUGAAAAUCUGUAUACAUUUGCUAUAGUUCUGUAAAUUAGCACCUGAUGUAAAGCGAAAUGUUCUGAAACGGACGAGGCGAGGGGCGGAUAAUGUUCCGCCGACAUGUCAAACGUGUUCCUGUUGACCUUCUUUGCCAACCAACUAACAGGCACGAUGGUCUCUUAAGGAGGCCACAUGGUUUUCAAUAAACUCUAACCACCAAAGACUUGCCUAAUACUCACAAACCAACAGGACCAUGUGUAACUUUUCACAGGAAGAUGUUUUUUUGACAGCAGUCUUUUUGUAACAUGGGUAUUGUUGCUUUAUUGUGUCCAUGGUGUUUUGUUUUUUUACGAUUUAUGGAUGCAAAAUGCACAUUGCAAUAAACCUGAUGUUUACACUAAAUACUA